ACUUUUAUUGUGUUACACAAACUCUCCCCAUCAUUAUAAUAACAACUUAUGUUUCGUCUGUUUCCAUUUUUAAUUAAAAAAUUACCAUAAUCUCUAUCCAUUACGUAACUUAUCAUUUCAUAUAAAUUAAAUCAUAUUCCUAUUGUACAUGUAAAAUCAAACUCCCACAAUCUCCUCCUCUGAUCUGUUCACACAUACCAAAUUCGUGUUCGCUUGACCAUAAUUUUUAGGUGUGAAUUUCCAUAUUCAGAAUCAAAAGCAGAUAAAUUCAUCGACACAGAGCCAAACAAGGCUCUAUGAAAUGUAUGUUGUAUUAAAGCUGUUGAUCAUUGAGGUUACUAUUGUUGAAUCAGAACACCAGUGGGAAAAAGAAAGAUAAUUCGGAAAAUCUCUUGAUUUUCCGAAUAAAUAAGAAAUCAGUAGUUUCAGGCAAGUAAAUUGAGCAAUGGCAGAGACAAAUGAAGCAAAGUCUACCGCGGGGACAGUGAAGGCGAAAAUGAAUGAAGUGGAGUUGGUGAAAUGCGAGUGCUGUGGAUUGACAGAGGAGUGCACGGUGGCGUAUAUAGGGAGAGUUAAGGAGAGGAACGAAGGAAGGUGGGUAUGCGGACUGUGUGGCGAGGCAGUGAAGGAUGAGAUCAUGAGGGCAUCCGCGGAGAGGCGGAUUGGGAGAGAGGAAGCUCUGAAUAGGCACAUGAGUUUUUGCAAGAAGUUUAGAGCUCUGAAGCCACCGUUGCAUCCCACAGAGGAGUUGAUCUCCGCGGUGAAGCAGUUGAUGUUAAGGAGCUUGGAUUCACCGAGAGUAAGUCCGGUGAGAAGGACAAGGGGAGGUCUGGUUCGAUCUCAGAGUUGUUUUUCAGCAAUUGAUAGUUGAUCAGGAGCAGCCGUGGUAAUUUCAGAUCCAAUAAAGUAUAUUUAAAUUGUUACAGUUAAAAAGACUCGUAGUCCAAAGGUCACAACUCAAACCGCGGCUUGCAGGAUUUGGAGUACGUGAAAUGAAUGAGUUUUGCAUUGGUGGGUGAUUUUGAGAGGGACAUUAUUAAGUGAAUCAGUAACUAGAUGAUUAUUUCUGAUGUUAUUAGCAUUAGACUAGAAUAAAUUUGGUUGCUUAAGGUGGUAUAAUCAGCCUGAACUAUUGUUCAAUUUUGAAGGAUAGCUCUGCUGUUAGACAGUUUUUAGUUUUCUUGUUUUAGGGUAAUAUAUCAUUUAAUUUGAUCUUCGUUUGGUUA